UUUUCUGCCAAGAGGUAUUUGGUACUAUGCCAUCUACAGAGAGGUGGAGCUGUCUGGUGACAGGAGGAGGAGGAUUUCUGGGGCAGAGGAUUGUCCGAAUGUUGCUGGAGGAAGAAAAACAGCUGGAGGAGAUCCGGGUCCUGGACAAAGUCUUCAGUCCCCAGUUGCUAUUGGAAUUUUCAGAGCUCAAGCACAAGACCAAGGUGAUUGUGAUGGAAGGAGACAUUCUAGAUGAACAGUUCCUCCACAAGGCCUGCCAGGGCAUCACUGCCGUCAUUCACGCUGCAAGCAUCAUUGACACAGGACUAUGGCUCAGGAGAGAGGCCGUAAUGAAUGUCAAUUUGAAAGGUACUCAGCUCCUGUUGGAAGCCAGCAUCUCAGCUAGUGUGCCUGUCUUCCUCUAUACCAGCACCAUAGAAGUGGCCGGCCCCAACUCAUAUAGGAAGACCAUUCUAAAUGGGCGUGAGGGUGAUCUCCUUGAAAGCAAAUGGCACAAUGCAUAUCCCUAUAGCAAGAAGUUGGCUGAAAAGGCUGUGUUGGCAGUUGAUGGGCAGCUUCUUAGGAAUGGCGCCAUCAUGCACACCUGCUCCUUGAGACCUACAUACAUAUAUGGGGAAGAGAGCAUUUUUCUCCAAUAUGAAAUGACUAAAGCCCUUAACAAUGAUAAGACCAUUAAAAGGAGGAGGGAGGGUUCCAUGGCCAACCCAGUCUAUGUUGGAAAUGUGGCUUGGGCACACAUCCUGGCACUCAGAGCCCUGCGGGACUCUGAGAAGGCCCAAAGCAUUGGUGGUCAGUUCUAUUACAUUUCUGAUGAUACACCCCCCAAGAGCUAUUCUGACUUUAACUAUGAAUUGAGCAAGGAAUGGGGCUUCAAACUUGGAUCAAAAGUAGGCAUCCCUCUCACAUUACUAUAUUGGGCAGCUUUCCUAUUGGAGAUGAUAAGUUUAGUGCUAUACCCUAUUUUCAUUUAUGAACCUCCCCUCAAUCGCCAUUUGCUAACACUGACUAACAGUGUUUUUACCUUAUCCUACAAGAAAGCCAAAAAGGAUUUGGGUUAUGAGCCUCGCUUCAGCUGGCUAGAAGCCAAACAGAAAACCAGUCAGUGGAUAGGCACAUUGGUGACACAGCAGAGAGAGUAUCUGAAGACAAAGGCCUCCUGAUCUGGACACAAUUGGAAUGAGGGGGCAGGAGUUGAUGAAAUCACUGCUUUAGGUCCUUCCCUUAAUGGGGCAUAUUGUCCAUUGCCCUCCCUGAUUAGCAAACUUCUGUCAAUGCUUCACAAGCAGCCCUCUCUUCCUCCCCACCCAGUGAAGCCCCUAGAAGCCAGGAUGAAAAAGGGAAUACAAGCUCAUUUAUUCAGUUCAAGGCUUGUUUUCCAAGCUGCACAUCUUUUCUCUGAUAAAGAUAUUAGAAAAUGGCAAUGUUUCCAUGGCUUCCUCUUUCUUAUGUUUCUGUCCUACUCGUGGCAUGGCAUACUUUUGAAACCAUUUAUACACUAAGCUGUGCAAAACUUUUAAUUCAUAUUUAAUAAAGAUGAUGAAAAAUGUC